AGAGAGAGAGAAAACGGACAGAUUCUCUCUCAUCAUCCCUUAGGACAAGGAAAAGCCGCCGGCAGCAAUUCCUUCCUCCGACGUCGGAAUCUUGAUGAAACCUCGGUGAAACCCGCCGCCGAUGAUCCCUCCCGACCCCAACCUCAUCUUCUACGUCUGCGUCGCCCGGGGCGCCUCCCCGAUCCUCGCCGAGUUCGCCGCCGACCCCGAUCUCCGGCCCCUCGCCCGCCAAUGCCUCCUCCGCGCUCCGCCCCACCACUCCGCCUUCUCCCACACCGCCCGCCGCCGCUCCUACACCUUCCUCAUCGCCGGCCCCCUCGCCUACUUCGCCGUGUCCGACGCCUCCCUCGAGAGGCCCGAGGUCCUCCGGUUCCUGGGUCGCCUCCGCUCCUCCUUCGAGGGCGCGGUGGGGCGCGAGGCGGCGGGACGCCCCGACGAGUUGGGCUCGUACUGCUUCCAGCCCCAGUUCGAUAGGAUCCUCCGGGAGCUGUUGCGGCCGGCCGGCGGCGACGCGUUCGAUUCGCCGCCGCCCGGAUCGAUGACCACGAGCGCGGAGAGCAGUAGGAACGCCAGCCUCGACGGAGGGGGAGCCUCCAUGGCUCCGCUGCUGGGCAGCCCGGGGAAGGGGCUCAAGAAGAAGAAGAGGUUGAACAGCGAAUCGGCGGCCAACGGCGACGCCAAGGACCUUCAUUUCGAGAACAAGGUGGACGUUUGCGACGAGGCGAACGGGCUGUGCAGGGAUUUCCCCGCCUCGAUACAGAAGGGCGGCGUUCAUGCGGGGGAGAGGCAGAGGGCCAAGCAAGUCUGGAAGAAGCAUGUGUGGGUCGUGCUGUCGAUCGAUCUGUUCGUGUGCGUCGUCCUGUUCGGGGUGUGGUUGUGGGUUUGCAGGGGAUUUCAGUGCAUCGAAGGCUGAAACUGAAGAUCCAAGGUUGUCCUGUUUGUCGUCGCGCUUAUUUUCGAUUGCUAAUUAUAUACUCCGGAAGGAAUUUGUCUAUACCAAAUGAGGGGAGAUGGAAGAGGGUGGCGCCCGUUGUCUCUUGGAGUGUGCGCAUUUCAGCUGUCAAUUGUAAAUCUCUUGUCUUUUAUCUAUGAAACUCUUUGAUGUCGGAUGAGUUCUUCAGAAA